UGUUGUUUAGAAUUUCAAGCUCGUGGGUAGAUAUUGAGUAACAGAGCAGACAACAUUACAAAAACGUGACGAAACCUCUUGUCCUCCGAACGAAAAAAUGUCGACAGCGAUAGUUGUUGGUCUUGGACUGGCUGCUGUCGGAUUUGCUGGUCGCACACUGCUUCGAUCUGCUCCCACAAUGACGACGAAGUUUAACGAAAUACUCAAGCAGUUUCCUAUGGAUACUGAGUCUCUUCUUGGAAGCAAGUACUACAAAGGUGGUUUUGAUGCCAAAAUGUCCAAAAGAGAAGCAUCUUUAAUACUUGGUGUAUCACCAACAGCCAACAAAAUCAGAGUGAAAGAAGCCCAUAAAAGAAUAAUGCUUGCAAAUCACCCAGAUAGAGGUGGCUCACCAUAUUUAGCAGCUAAGAUAAAUGAAGCUAAAGAUUUCAUGGAUAAUUUGAAAUAAAACAUCUUUUGUGCAGGGGAGAACUAUAGAUUUCAUUGUAAAUAAUCUAACUUUAGUAACAUUUGUUCAAAUAAAAGAGUCAACAGCUUCAA